AUGGCAACAAUCGUCCAGACCCACAAACUCAAUCUUCACGACGUCGAAAUCGUCCAGGCUCUUGUCUACAGUUCGGAAUCCAACUGUGCCGAAUUGAAGAGAACAUUCCAGUUAGAAUUGGCUCAGGGAUACAAUGAAGUUAAAGUUCAGAACCUCCCAUUUGACUUGGUUCAUAAUUCGAUUCGUGUCUCUGGAUCUGGAGAAGCUGUGAUCCAUGAUGUCUCCGUUAAGAAUCAAGAGGGAGCCGAUUUUGUUAUCCCGGAUAGAGUUCUGGCGAUCAGAGCGAUUUACGAGGAGAAGGAAAGAAUAAAGAACAAGAUUAGCGAUAGCAAGACAGCAGUACAGAAGAGAAUCGAAGGAUUGGAUAAUUUGAUUACGGAAUCAGUGAAAAAUGGAAAAGACGGAAGUCUUCAUUUCGAUGGAAGAACUAUUGAGAGUUUGAAUGCUCUUCAUGCUUAUCAUCAGGAUAAGACUGUUGAUCUUCGUGCGCAAAUUAGAAAUUUGGAAGAACAAGAAAGAAAGGCUCAAGAGGAAUUGAUUCGUGCCUUGACAGAUUGGCAACAUACUGGAUACGCUAACAGAAACUCCGCCCAAUACGCUAGUAUUGUUGUCGAAUCUACUAAUGGAGGAUCAGUGGAACUCACUGUGACAUAUCAAGUGAACAAUGUCGCCUGGUUCCCAUUCUACGAUAUUCGUGUUACUUCUGGAGACGACGCUGAGAUGCACAUCACAUAUUUCGGAAAAGUUCGACAAUUCAGUGGAGAGGAUUGGAAGAAUGUCCCACUUAUUCUGUCGACUGCUAAGCCAGCACAUGGAGUCAAGCAACUGCCAAAACUCGGUGCAUUGGAAGCUUCGAUUGUUGUGCCAGAGCCAGAAUGUAACACGAUGAGAAGAGGAUACGGUGGUGGACGAGGAGGAUAUGAAAUGGCUUGUGCUGCUCCAAUGGCUUUACGUUGCCAGAAAAUGGGAAUGACCUCUGCUUUCGUCAAGUCGAGCAACAUUGCCUCAGAAUUCAGCAUCGGUCGUCCAGCAACAAUUGAUGAUCGUACUGAAGAAUACAAAGUGAAUAUCGGUCAAUUCACUCUUCCAACUAAACUGUCGAAUGUGACUGUUCCAUCGAGAAAUGCCGCCGCUUUCCUUGUUGCCAACUCUGUCAACUCUUCUGAUUAUCCACUUGUCGCUGGCCAAACUUCCAUCUUUUUGGAUGUUGAUCCAAACAUUCGUGUAGAGUACAAACCAGUGAAGAACUAUCAAGAGAGAACUGGAACCGUCGAGAAGCUCAACUCACAGGUCACUGAAAAGACAACCGCCGUCACCAAUCUCCGUCCAAACCCAGUGCUUCUCACUAUCCGCGAACAGCUUCCAAGAUCUACGGAUUCCAGAAUCAAGGUCACGCUCCAAUCUCCAGAAGCCAAAGAAGUCGCCGAGCCAAGUGUAGAACCAACAGCUGGCGCCGAGAUCACACCAGAAAAGAUUCUUGAUUACACCGUCCAACUAGCUCCAGGAGAGGCUAGAACCGUCGUCGUCAAGUAUGUCACAGAGCAUCCAGCCGAGGAACAAGUCAGCUAUGAGGAGAAGUUCUAA